AUGGAGAUGGAGAUGGAGAUGGUGACGGAUCUUGUGACUGCUUUAGAGAAGGCAACCGUAAUGGCAAAGCAGCUUUCAUCCACCGCCACAAACUCUGCAAAAAUCUACGCCUCCCUCCACGCCGCUCACCGCCAGCUCUCUCUCUUCCUCUCUCACGCCGCAAAACCCUCUGCAGAUGUAACUGAUGGUGAUGAUGCGCCGAUGGAAGUUGCCGAUGAGGAGCAACAAAUGGUGGAUGGAGCAAGGGAGGAGGAUUCGAAGAUGGCUAUGAUUGAUUCGGUGGAGGAACGGAUGAAAAAUUGCUUUGUUCAGAAGAAAAAGCGGCCAAAACGGCCGUUAUCGCCGACGUGGUUGGCCGCUGGGGAGCAGAGGCGGUGGUUGGAGUAUGAAAGUGAAUCGGCUAGGGUUGGAAUUGAUUACGAUCCUCAUAUAACGAAAUUGAGAGCUUUGGAUCUGAUUUAUCAGUUCCAUUGUUGA